AUGCCUAAACGCGGUUGGGUAUGGGUUGGACCUAAUCAUAUCGAUAGUGACGAGGAACGGCCAACAAAGAAGAGGCCUACAACUCGAGGAAAGAAGGGCAAGGCCGUAGCGCCCAAUUGGACUUCCACUGCCCACCCAGGAUGGUCAGAUGACAAACCUACUGGAACAUGGGGAAAGAGAUGUGUGGAUACUUGGUGUCUCUUGGCACCUUAUGAUUCUACGAUCACCGAAGCACAGUGGAAGAAAUAUUACGAGGAACGCUCUAUGCUCGACAGAAUAAACACAAUACGAGGCGGCAAAUCGGACCCCAUUGAGGCCGAAGAACUUGGUCAACCGACUUGGACAAUCCUGCAAGAUUCGAUCGAGAAUAUUGCCGCUGCCAUCAUGGGAAGCGCCCAGCCGCAGGAUGCUGACCACAAAAAACGAAUUGCCUAUGUUUUGCUUGGCUCAUUCUACUAUCUUCGUGUGGAUGGAUCGGAUGAAGGCAACGGCCCGCCUGAGCCUCGAAACCUGGAUAUCUUCAGUCGAUUGUAUUCCCCAUUCGGAAUUGGCUCUUCAGUUGACUUCCAUUAUGAAUAUUACUUUAGGCAGAGAUCUCAUAAGCUAUCUGACGAGCGCCUCGCAUCUCUUACUGCUAAACUGAGAACUAUUGUGGACUGCGGAGCUGAACCUCCCAGUCAGUCCGAGGGUGAUGACGAAGAGGAAGAGGACGAGGAAGAAGGUUCCAAUAACGCCUAUAUCAUAUUUGGUGGUCAAGAAGACGGAAACGGUGGUUUAAGUACCCAGUUUAUGAGCGAAACUACUAUUAAGCAAUUCGAAAAGACGCUGUUCGGGACUGAGGGUUGGCUAUCUCCUCGAAAGAUGGCAGACAUUCUUUUAGCGUCGGGCGGUGUCCUACAGUACCACGAAGCAGACACCGAGGCCGCCGUUUCUUUCCUGAACAAGUUCCAGUAUUUCACGGGUGAGAACACUGGAAAGCGUGCGUUGGCUCCAGAAAUCAAACGCAUGGUAUUGGGAGAGCCAGAUACCCCCGCCAAUAGCCCAUACUGCGUACCUCAGCGAAGACUAUGGCUGGCUCGUCAAGGAUGA